GCCUUCACAACCAGACUCGCUCGUGUGUUUAGAGGAGGCAGAUUGAAUGGCAGCAUCAACGUCGGCGUCGUCUCCAUCCACUUCAAAUACCGCCGCCGACUAUUCCACUCGCGACCUUGUUAAGCAGAUAAUGAGCCACGAGGUUGCUAUUGCGGAGCUCAGCAAUCUUCCCUCGUCAAGGGCUGUCUAUCAGAGAAAUGGGAACAUUUUUUUUCGAACUUCUGUUCCGAAGGCAACCACAUUUGAACAGAGACAACUUGAUGCAGCUAAAGCUAAGCUACAAAAGUUAAAUUCAGCUUGAUUGUGAUUAGAGCUCUUUAUGGUCUGCCAACAAUUGUUGUUGGGAAGGGUCUUUUCUCAUAGAGAUCAUGCUCUAUACUACUCUUUGAGGUUGUCAUUUUUGAACAGAUACAUAUGUAAUGUACCUUUGGUUAAAGAAGUUCUGUGAAGUAGAUAAAGAUUACUUGAGCAAUUAAUCCUUGACAAAGAAAUUCUCGUUCAUUGGUGAGAGGAAUCAGGCUUUGAAUUGAGGAUCAUACAUUUCCCUUUUGUUA